AUGACAGGGACAAAGAAAAAGAGUCAAGUUCAAUCCAUUCUUCUGUUUGACUCAGAUAAACCGCAUACAUGUCCAGUAUGUGAAAUGACAUAUAAUGUCAGUAUACCUAGUGAAAAACAAGCACAUACCAAGUAUCAUAGUAGUUUCGUCAAUGGUAUACCAUGGACGACAGCACUACCAUCACUUGAUUCGUUUACAUUGAUUGUUAAAUCUGUUAAAUCUGGAAGGUCUAAUACUAUAGUCCGAGGGAAUAUAGUUACUAUUGACAAAACAAACAAGAGUCAAGUGAGUAAAGUAGAUCAAUUGCUUGAUAUGGUAAAUCAAGAAUUAAGUGCCUCGCAAGAUUCGGGGGAGUGGAAGUCACUUAAGCACGAAUCAAGUAAAGCAUUCGUCAUAGUAAUAGAGAAUCGAGCUGUUGGAGUGUGUUCCACUGAUACAGUCGGAGAUAGCCUAGGCCGGUGGAUGAUCCACAGUUCGCAAACAAUUGUACCUAACCAAAUCAACAAGCUGAUCAAAAUUGGUAUAUCGCGUAUCUGGAUAGCUCCUAAAUGGAGACGAUAUGGGUUAGGUCAGAGAUUUUUACAGGUGGUACUCAAGAAUUCUAUAUACGGUGUCACCUUAACUAAGCAACAAAUAGCGUUUAGUCAACCAAGUACCUCAGGUGGAUUACUUGCUAAGUCAUUUAAUGGUGUAAGUCAUAAAUCAGGUGAAAUAUUAAUUCCAGUUUAUAUAGAAUAG